UGACGUGUAGGCGCGGCCGCCCCUGAGGAGGAGGCGGUGGCGGGUCUGGGCGGCGGCGGCGCGGGAGGAAGAUGCCGGUGGCGGUGAUGGCAGAGAGCUCCUUCAGCUUCAGGAAGCUCCUGGAGCAGUGCGAGACGCAGGAGCUUGAGGUAACAGGAGCCCCCGUCGCGGCCCCUGGAGGAAUUGCAACACCCCUUGUUUAUGGCCAACUUCUAGCUUUGUACCUCUUGCAUAAUGACAUGAAUAACGCACGGUAUCUUUGGAAAAGAAUCCCUCCUGCUAUCAAAUCUGCAAAUGCUGAACUUGGUGCAGUUUGGUCAGUAGGACAAAGAAUCUGGCAGAGAGACUUUCCAGGAAUCUAUACAACAAUCAGUGCACAUCAGUGGUCUGAGACUAUUCAACCAAUCAUGGAAGCACUUAGAGAUGCAACUAGGAGACGAGCCUUUGGACUGGUUUCUCAGGCAUAUACCUCAAUAGUUGCGGAUGACUUUGCAGCCUUUGUCGGUCUUCCAGUAGAAGAAGCUGUGAAAGGUGUAUUAGAACAGGGCUGGCAAGCAGACUUUUCAACUCGUAUGGUAAUGCCUAAAAAGCCAGGUGUGCUGGAAGCUUCCUUUAACAGAUUUAUUCCUUCAUCAGAACCUGCUCCUGUUCCACCAAUUCCAAACGAGCAGCAGUUGGCCAGAUUGACUGACUAUGUGGCUUUCCUUGAAAAUUGAUUGCCCUGCUCCUAUAUUCAGAACAACUUGGGAACCCUGUGUACUGACAGUUUUAGAAAUCUAAGAUUUAUUUUAUUUUGAAUCUGUUAAACAUUACAGUGUCCCCUACUCAAAUGUGUGAAGUAUACAGUGUAUGUUGGCCCAAUUUGUGUUUUGCCAAAGCCAAGCUAGCAAUCGAAACAAUCCUUUUAACUCUGGUAAUAUUUAUUCAGUAGGUACACAGCAGUAUUACUUAGUCAGUUUUUUGACUCAUAGCAGAGAGGCAGAACUUUUUUCAGAUAUAAUAAAAAUGGAGAAGAAAGAGUAAUGAAGCAGGUUAACUGUGUUGAAGAAAUUAUGCUAGUAGGUUAUGUGCUUCUGUGGUGAGGACUGCAGUGCUUAUCACAGGUCAGUGGCAUGUUGAACUAAAGUAGAAAGAGUAGAAGGCUGCCCUAGCCCUGUCUGCAGAGAGAAAAAUCUUUUGAUGAAAGAGUAACUUACAGAAAAAAAAAAAAAUUUACAGUAACACUUUUGCAAGUAUUUGUGGCCUAUUUAUAAUUGAUCUUUUUUCUUUUUGGUCUUUCUGGAUUGUUAAAUCUUGUUUUGAUAUGAGACAUUUCACAUUGGGCAUAUUUUUGCAGCAGAAUAAUUGGAGUCAUUUAAAGGCAAAUCUUCCCUUUGAGGAAGAAUUUUUCCUUUUGGAAGGUUUUGAGUGAAGUAGAACACCAUAUAUUUUGCUGGGUAACCAUACACCUUCCUGAGGCCUGUCAUGCCUUGGUUCUUUUCAGUACACUGGGCCAGGGUCUACAAGAAACAACUCUUACCUGUCUUAAACUUUCUGGAUCACCUCUGUAGUUAUUGGAGAAGAAUUUAAAAAUUAGAGUAGGUGUCCCCAAGUAGAGACCGACUGGGAUGGUGAUGCUAUGUUAUGCUGCAGUGUCAGUUUGAGAAACACGUUUUCUGUAUCAGAGCACUGCUGUUGUUAAUCUCAGAGUUGAGAGUGGAAUUUAGAAGCAGAAAAGAUGAGUUGUUCCCAGGCUUCUUAUUAGUAUUAUGCUGGUAAAUAGGCGAUGGGAAAAUAGUGGUGCUUUAAAGGGCAGUGCAUGCCUUCAUUUGCUUCUCCCCCUUUUUUUCAACAUCAUAUUCUGUGGUUUCAUCGAAGGUGGCAAGUGUGUGCUGUAUGUUGUGAUUGUUUUUUCUGGUGUGCACUACCUACUGUACAUUCUCUUGCUGGGAAUGUGUUAGCAGGGAGGAACUAUAAACCGUGCACUGCUGCUUUGAGAGCUCCCUUUAUAUGUAAACACUUACGCAGAAUGAUUUAUUUAUUUGAAACCCACCGAAGGCUUGGAUUUCUAAAUUUAUCUUCAGUGAUAUUAAAGAACAUGUUUACACUGA